AACCGUCUGCAUCCGGGUCAGCCAGCAGUAAUGGCGGCCACCAUGGAGACAACAGCCGGCAUGAGCAAUAUGCUGCAGUUCAUGAAACUUAUCGGACAGCUCAAAAGGGUCCCACGGACUGGAUGGGUGUACAGGAACGUAAAGAAACCAGAGAGUGUGUCAGACCACAUGUACCGCAUGGCCAUGAUGUCUCUGACCAUCACAGACCCCACAGUGAACAAGGACCGAUGCAUAAAGCUGGCUCUGGUUCAUGACAUGGCAGAGUGCAUUGUGGGAGAUAUCGCUCCACCGGACAACAUCAGUAAAGCUGAGAAACACAGGCGAGAAGAGGAGGCGAUGAGACAUCUUGCAGCUCUUCUGCCAGAGGGACUCCAACAAGAGAUGUAUGGGCUGUGGGAGGAAUAUGAAACUCAGAGCAGUCCGGAGGCCCGGCUGGUGAAACAGUUUGACCUCCUGGAGAUGAUCCUGCAGGCUCACGAGUACGAGGAGCUGGAGGGAACGCCGGGAAGACUGCAGGAGUUCUUUGACUCCACCGACGGCCGUUUCCACCACCCAGACGUGCUGCAGCUCCUCAGCUCUCUGAAUGAAGAGAGAGGACGUCACGUGGCUGAAACGGACGAAACGAAGAAAUCGGUCAACUCGGACACGUCUUCACAGCCGCGCGCGGCGCCGCACUCCUCUUGACCGCUACGACGCACGCCAAACACCUCCGUAGUGAGGAGGCUGUGACACAACCCUGUGUGUACGAGGAUGCACACGCACGUCACGGGACGUAGUUUCAACUGUCUUCUCCACGUCAUCUUUAGGCAUCUGCUGCAGAGCAACCGAGGACGACGGCACGUGGAUAUCCUCCAUGCGCAUGCAGCUGUUUUGACCCUUUUGUUUCAUCCAUAUUCUCCUGGAUUGUACCGCAUCAGUAUAUAAUAAACACAAUCUGACGACGACUCCCACUGAGAAAACUAACAGAUAAUAUACAAAUGCAUCAACCUGUCAAAAUGGCUUAAAAAUGGGUUGAACAUAUAUUAAAACUGAUAUAAAUUCCCAGAUGUAAUGAAGAGAAACUCCAAUAUUUCUUGACAUCAACAGGUUUUAUUGUUUUAUGUUUCCAGUUCAUUGACAAAUACAUGUUUUAUUACAUUUUGCAUACUAUCUGACAUAUUACAUUAUACAGUUAUUCUUUAAAAAAAGUUUAAGAAUGGUGCUGAAACAUCAUUUCCGAUAUGUUAGUAACAGCAGACUCAAUAAUUCAGUGUUCCUGACAAAUGAGUAAUUUCUGGUCAGAUGAUGUUAUUGUUAUUACUGUGUUUUUUUAAUUUCAGUCAUCUGUGAUAUUUGGUUUGGUUUAAAUUAUCCUUAAUUGUGAUCCAUCAGUCAUAAACAAUGUAUAAUGGUGUGUAAUUAAUUAAAUUAAUACAGAUGUGUUA